GUAAAAAAUAACUCGCUGGGGGACUUCGCGCUAGUGUGGUCAUCAUAAUAAAGCUCGCUUCGCUUUCCAUGCAUUGGCCAUUUUCCUGCGACACAAGCAACACAAGGCAUCACGAUCGCCUAAAUCACCAACAUUUCCAGCUUUAUUCCAUGUUCCAUGCAGAUGUUUCGACUGGAAGACUUCCAAAAUCAUCUGAACAAUCUACUCUUUGAGUUUGAACGACAAUAUACCUCAGGAAAAAACGGAAUAUAUUCCGAAAGAGACAUAUAUUUUGCAACAAGUAUAUGACGCGACGCUUGUUAUCCCGCUCAGGGAAAAACGGUAGUAUUGAUUAGGGAAUUUUGGAGUUGGUUAUGUCGCAAUAACAUUUUGCCAUUUUCUGAUUCAUACUUCCAUUCGAAGAUCAUCGAGAACAGUCCAGCCAUUUGUAGUGGCGAGUUAGUGUAGACUGGUUUAUAUUUCAAGAAGUUAUGUAUCUCGGUUUGGGGCUUCCACCUACAAUGAAAAGCGAAAUAUAUAGUGCAGUAAAUUUUGUGGCGAGAUUACUACAGACCACCAACAGAAAUGUUGACCCUGCUCUAGUGGACAAUUUCAGCCGUGUUCUUGUGAACUGUCUUUGCGAGAAGUUCGAUACCCAUUGGUUUCCAGAGAAGCCCUUCAAAGGCAGUGCUUACAGGUGUGUGAGGAUAACCCAACUCGGUAUGGACCCUGUCGUAGGUAAAGCUGGUGAAGCAGUAGGCAUGUCCCACGAAGCACUCUACAACCUCCUCCCCCACGAACUUACCGUUUGGAUCGAUCCCUCGGAGGUCUCCUACAGGAUAGGUGAGGAAGGUUCCAUCUGCGUACUCUACGAUGGCAGCGACGAAGAUUCGUCAUCGUCCUCGUCGUCCAACAUGAGUGACUUAUCAUCGUCGCCUCCACAGUACUCUCAGGAACAUUUCAGCACAAGUGCAGCUGAUUACGACUUCAAUUUCAAUAGCCCGAUACCUGCCUUCCAUUGACAUCUCGACCUCAACGACUUCCGAACAGACUUUCGGCGAUAGCAAGUAGCAACCACCUUGAAUACGAUGAAGGAGCUUCGAGAUUGCAAGAACUCAUUUCACCUACAGCAACAGACAUGUCUCUAACUACAAAGUCAUUGGCUUUUUUUUCUUUUUUCUUCACUGUCUCUACAAUUUUUUUAAAGAUUGUGUUUUGAGCCACAUUCCUUGAUUUAUGUUAUAUUCCAAACAAGAUCAAACUUGUGUGAUGAAACUAAAAGACUACUGUGCAUUAGUAACGUAUUUCUUUGUCAACUCAUUAAUGAAUAUUCUUGUUUAUGUGUGUCAUCUUCUUAGUAGUAUGUACUCCGUCCACUUCUGUGUACACACGUUUUCUGUUUUUUUGAGAAAAAGGGGGGAAUUGAAAGGAAAGUGCUGAAAUGGUGCUUGAUCUAAAUGUGCCUUUUUGAAAAUUGUCACACAGAUGUUAAAUCACGUUUCAUGCAAUGGUAAAUUGUUUUAGCUAGAAAGAGAGAUCCACUGGCUUGUCAAUGCCUGUGCAACUAUCCUAAAGGCCUUUACUGAUAAAGUACUUGCAAAUUUUACAUCCAAGAAUUCAUAUUUGGAACUUAAUUUCAGCAACAUAAUUGGUGUAUAACUGUUUAUAUGUAUCUCAAAAUGACCGAUUCCAUUUGGAAUACAGAAAAAAAAAGUUUUAAAAAAACAACUUCUCAUUUGCCAGCUGGUCUCGCAUUUGAUUGUAGGAAUUGUUUUGUAAAAUUAAUGAAGAAUGUAAUUGGUUGUUUACAAUUGAUGGUUGUUUAUCAAAAUGUUGCUGAAUGAAAGUAAAUACAUACAUGUACUUAGUACCAAAUGGCAAUUUGAACAUGUGCAAGAACUCAGAACUUUCCCCAUCACAAUGUGCCUACUAUUAAAGUGUUUUUAUGGACAAGAUCAGUAUUACUAGCACAGUAAUAGCAAGUUUAUGGCUUUGGAAAGAUUUCUAAAUUGCUUAUUUUGUCCAAUUUGUGGAAUAUUGUACACUGUUUUUAAGAUGAUCCGAUUUGGAAUUCAAUGUCCUUCUACAUGUAUACAUUUUUAAAGAUAUAAUGUGCAAUGCACUGUAAGUGUUAUUUCAUCAAUGUCUUCUUAUCGACAAUUGUACAGAUCAACAAUUGAGCUGAUCAUAUUAAUGUAUUAUCCAUUUCAUUGUAAUUUUUAUGUCAAAUACCCUACAAUUUGUUUAUUUUGCCAAAAUGGGAAUAAUUAUGGCAUUAAUUUUGAAGGGCUUGGACAUGUAAUGAAGCCUGAAAAGCAGCUGGGCAAUUGUUUUUAAUUUCUUCAAAAAAUCAUUAUUUGUUCUGAAAUUGGUUUAAUUAACAAUUUAUCAGUACUUCUUGAGCAUCAAUAUCUUGUAAAUUAGAACAUGUAUUCAAUUAUUUUUAUUAAUCCAAUGGCUACAUAGUAGUGUACUGAAAGAAAGAAUUAAGUACAAUGUAUGUACAUGUAUAUUUUUACUUCAAAAAGGAAAUGAUAACCUAAAUUAGUACUCAAGCCAUAAUGUUUGUUGUUUUCUUCAAUAUUUCACUGCUGGAGUUUUGACUUUAUACCAAAUUUGUUUGCUGUGAUGAGGUAAAUUGGUUUUAACAAACUACACCAUACUCAAGGGGUGUUUCAAUACAAUCGGUCUACACCUUCCCACAAAAUGAGGAUGUUCCUAUUUUAAACCAUAUUCUGGUGUAAUUGUUUUUUUCUCUUGAAAAUUAGAAUCCACAGAGGCGUUUUCACUUACAAAAAUGAAUCCUACCUGUGGUGUGUUGCCAAAGAAUAUUAGAUACAACAUUCAUUGAUUUGCAUUCUUUACAAUUACAAUACACUCAAAGGUUUAAUUGAAUGGUUACCAAGUUACAAAAACAUUUCAGUCCGAUAACUCAUCAAUGAUAAUCCUGUUCCUUAUUGCAGUUCCACUUCAUCAAUUACAUGUACACCAUAUUGAAUACACACUCUAGGUAACUAUUGUAUUUUUGCCUACCCUUUGUACUCUUCUAGAACGUCCCUCUUCCCCUAUAACAAUGGCUGUGUGUGCUCACCCCGUAUCUGUGCCGUAUCUCAUAGCUUCUUAUCACAGAAAUGUAUGGUACUAUUGCACCAUACACUCAUGCAGAUUUCGACUUUGCUCUGUUCACCAUUUCACCGCCUCAAAGCUUUUUUCAAAUACAAUUGUACACCCUUCUAUCAUUGUGCUCACUAUGUAUGACUGCAUUUAUGCCCCUUUGAAAUACAUGUACCAAUAUAUGUUCCUUUUAUGUUGACAUGCACAAUCAUUUUUUUAUCAAAACAGUAAAGACAUAAGAAAAAAAAAUCACACAAGUACCUUACGUUGUAUUCAAGUUGCUAUGGUGCUGUUUACUGAGCGAGACCGAGGCGUUUUGACCUGAUUUUUCCCUUGACUAUGACAUGAAGCAGUAAUAUGUAAUGUUUAUUCUGACAUGUACUGUAUAUUUUGUAGAUCUUUGAGAAUUUUUUCCACCCUUUCGUUGAAGGAUCUUGACAGGUCACUUGUAUUGUGCAAUGGCGUGUAACUAUUAAAGUGAGAGUAACGCGUGACCUAUAUUUUUUACAGUUCUGUAAUAAAAAUAGUUGGAUUUGUAUAUUAAAAUUGACCUUGUACAGAUUUGUUAAAAGAUGACUUUGUUUUUUGAAUGGAAAGCUUCAAAUUAAAGACUAUUUUGUUCAUGCAUCAUAA